GGCGGUGGGAGAGAAUGGCGUUUCCAAAUUGGGCAAACGAAUGGGAGCUCGUCACUGAAGAUGGUGGCUCAUUGGUCUACAAACGUCCAAAACGCUCCCGCAUCGACUCCCAAAUUACCGCCUCGCGUCAUGACGGCGGGUCUCCGGACAAGAUUCUCCAGGCACGGAAGAGGGCCGCCCUCCUCAAUCUCAAACACAAGUACGCAGCAGAGAUCCAACUCUGGGAGAAUUUGUCGAACACCUUGAAGGCGACUCAAGACAAACCCUACAUCCAGCUUUCCGCAUCAUCGUCAAACCACGUCGCCGGUGCCCCAGCACCGCCGGCGCACUCGGAGGACAACUCCCCCCACCCGUAUAUAGAUGAGUUCCUCUCUCAGGCUGAAAUCCAAGGAGCCAUGAUUGCCGAUAUUUCAAAACGCUGCGAUGCUGCUGUAGCCUGGUGCAGUGCUCAAGAAGAAAGGCUUAAGAAACCAUUCAUGGACCUCCCAAUUUGGGAACCGUCGCCACACAAGCUAAUUUAUUCUCUGUGCCAAGAGUGAGCUCAUUUCUGGAGUUUUUUUCUUUCAAUUAACCAAAAUUGUCGUGGAUUUUCUUAGUUUCCAUUUCAACUGCUGCUAGAAUUUGGCCUGCACGUUUUGUGUUUCUAGUUUGAUCAGUGUAAAUGUAUUUUCUUAGGACGAUGGGACUGAGUGGUUCUGUUAUAGAACUGAUUGCAAACAAAUGUGUGUUUCUUUGGUUGAUUCUUUCUUAGGACGUUUUGGGUUAGGAUUCUUUCAACUCAAGUUUUAGUGGUGACCAUAGUCAUGUUCUGCGACAUCAUUUAUCAUCUGGGAUACAUUGCUUUGAGUACAUUACUGUUAAUGACAUGAAUAUAUUGAAGGGACUGUGCUUGCUAGGUGAUACUGUAUUUUACAGGCCUUGAAC